CAAACAAAAGAAACACAAUCAUGGAUUUGAAGAACAAGGUUUUCGAUUUAGCUGAUGUCUUUGUGCACAAUAACGAUAAAGAUUGUUGGGUCAUCAUCAACGCACGCGUGUAUGAUGUUACAAACUUCUUGAACGAUCAUCCUGGAGGGAAUGACGUGUUGUUGGCUGUAGCAGGUAAAAAUGCAAGCGAAGAGUUCGAGGAAGCAGGGCAUGGUAGCGCUGCAAGACUGAUGUUGGAUGAGUAUUAUGUCGGAGAGGUUGAUCAUAUGACACCUUCUUCGGAUAUGUCCAAGACCACAACCUCUAAAUUGGAGAAUUAUCUCAAGCAACAAAGCAACACGAAAGAGGACAAGCAACCAGGGUCAAGCUACAAGACGAAUUCGGUUGUAUUCCUUCUGUCCUUAACUAUCCUCGGUGUUGCUACUGGUUUUGUACUGUGCAUGUGACUUGACGUAAUAAAGAAUAAUUUGUGUUACAUGUUUCAAA